AAAUUAAGUUAUCUGGCGAACCUGGCAGCUUUUCAGCACUUUCGACGUCGAGACCCAGAGAUCAACAUGGCGGUUCGAGGUAGUGGUGUCGCGCUGUUCCUCACAAUUAUUACCUGUUACCACCUGAACGCGGCCCUCGGCAAUGACACAGGUGUGGUUGGGCCGCAGUACGCUGUGGCGGGUGUGGCGGGUGUGGCCAAUGUGGCGGGUGUGGAGGUGAGGUUGCUGCAUAGAGAGAGGCGAGAUGUGACACAGACAGAACCAGAAGCAGCACAGAAUUCCACCACCAUCACCACCACUGACGACAACAACAACAACAACAACAACAACAACAACAACAACAACAAGGGCAAGGAAGCAAUAGGCCUAGACAAGAAGAGGCCUCUAUAUACCAAAAAGACAUCGGCAACCAAGUCAAAACGUCCAAAUAGGCCUACAACUACAGCAACAAUGACAACAACAACAACAACGACAACAACAACAGCUGCAACACCGUCAGGGGAGGAGAAGAAAGAGGAGGAGGAGGAGGUGGUGAAGGAGGAGGAGGAGGAGGAGGAGGAGGAAGAAGAGGAGGAGGAGGAAAUGACCACCACCACCACCACUACCUCAACCACCACCACCACCACCUCCACGCCAGUUCUGAAGGUGAUGGAGGAGGAAGAGGAGGAGGAGCAGCAGGAACAGGAGGAUGACUACAACUCAGAAGACAUGGAGGAAGACAAAGUGGAGCCGAUUGAUGGGUUUGAGACAGCCAAUGCUACCGUCGACCAUCAUAGAUACUACCGUUCUCACACAAUCAAAGGCAUGGAGGAGGUGCAGAGGUACUGGGUUGACCUGGACUCCUUCAAACAGGAGAGAGUGGUCACCAAUGAAAUGUUGUCCGCCUCACAUCGCCGGGCUGCUACCGUAAGACUGACGUUUGAGUUUCCCUUCUAUGGCCAUGGGGUUCGGAACAUCACCAUAGCAACGGGUGGGUUUCUCUUCACAGGGGACUUUCUACACACCUGGCUGGCUGCGACUCAGUAUAUUGCUCCCCUUAUGGCCAAUUUUGACACCUCCAUCAGCAAGAACGCCUCGGUCAAGUACGCGGACAAUGGGACGUCAUUUACAGUGCAGUGGAACAAUGUGUCGCUGAAGGACCACGCUGAUGCCGGAACCUUCACUUUCCAGGUUACGCUACACAAGAAUGGCGACAUAGUGUUUACGUACAAGGAAGUGCCAAUAUUUGUGACUUCCAUAGUGGACGACCAACACCCGGUCAAAGUAGGCCUAUCCGAUGCCUAUAUUGUGGAGAGGACCAUUAUGUUCAUGAGGAAAAAGACUAUAUACGAAUAUCACAAGAUUGACAUGAAGAAGAACAGCAUGAUAGGGAACUGGACAGCUAUACUCUUCAAGGCCCUUCCUACCUGUGUGUCCAUCCACAACUGUCUGGAUUGCCUGUCACAGAAGAUUAGCUUUCAGUGCCAUUGGUGUGACUCCAUUCAGCGGUGCAGUAAUGGUCUGGACAGGAACCGACAAGAGUGGCUGGUGAAUAAUUGUGAGGCACGACACACCCAGAACGUCGACAGCUGCCCCCCGCCGCGUUCUGCUCCUGAGCCCUCCCCGGAGAUCUUUAGGGGUGAUGCUUCUGUCGAGUCAUUUACAGCAGCUGAGUCGCAGGCAGAGGGCGGCACACACGUAGGAGUGGUGAUCGGAGUGGUGUUCCUGGUGACUCUCCUGCUGGGGGUGGUCAGCUGGGUCACCUAUGCCUAUUUCUACCCACACUCACCAUCCGGGCAAAUACUGAUCAGGUACCGGCCCAGCACAUGGUCUUGGCGAAGUGGAGAAGCAAGGUACACAGCCGCAGCCAUACACAGCAUCCACAUGUGAGGAGGAGGAGGAGGAGGAGGAGGAAAGAGUGUGUUCGUGUAAGCCUAUAUAUUAAAAGAAGAGGAAGAGGAGGAGGAGGAGGAGAAAAGUGUGUUUUGUGAAGAGGAG